AGUUUAAUGGCGGCUGCCUGUCAAAUUAAAACGUGUCUUUUUAAAAUUGAUUUAUUUUUAUAAAUCGUUUUAUUUUUUAAAAAAAUUAUUAUAUAUUUCGGGACGAUGCCAGAGAUUAAAGUAACGCCGUUAGGUGCCGGACAAGAUGUUGGUCGUAGUUGCAUUCUUCUUACAAUAGGUGGGAAGAAUAUCAUGCUGGAUUGCGGGAUGCAUAUGGGUUAUAACGAUGAGAGGAGAUUCCCAGAUUUUAGUUUUAUAACUCAAGAAGGUGGCUUAACAGACCAUUUAGAUUGUCUGAUAAUCAGCCAUUUUCAUUUGGAUCACUGUGGUGCUCUUCCAUACAUGACAGAAAUGGUGGGUUAUAACGGUCCUAUAUACAUGACUCAUCCAACUAAAGCCAUUUGUCCAAUUUUGCUUGAAGAUUAUAGGAAAAUAACUGUCGAUAGAAAAGGAGAAACAAAUUUUUUUACUUCCGCAAUGAUUAAGGAUUGUAUGAAAAAAGUCAUAGCUGUGAAUUUACACCAGACUGUACAGGUUGAUGAAGAACUCGAAAUCAAAGCAUAUUAUGCUGGUCACGUGUUAGGUGCUGCGAUGUUCCAUAUUAAAGUUGGAGAUCAGUCAGUAGUAUACACGGGAGAUUACAAUAUGACACCGGAUCGCCACUUAGGCGCAGCUUGGAUCGACAGGUGUCGUCCCGAUUUAUUAAUCACCGAGUCGACCUACGCGACUACAAUCAGAGAUUCUAAACGUUGUCGAGAAAGAGAUUUUUUAACGAAAGUCCACGAUUGUAUCGAAAAAGGUGGAAAGGUUUUAAUACCAGUAUUUGCAUUGGGAAGAGCUCAAGAACUUUGCAUUCUUUUAGAAACGUAUUGGGAAAGAAUGAAUUUAAAAGUACCGAUUUAUUUUGCUGUCGGUUUGACGGAAAAGGCAACCAAUUAUUAUAAAAUGUUUAUUACUUGGACUAAUCAGAAAAUUAGAAAAACAUUUGUACAAAGAAAUAUGUUCGACUUUAAGCAUAUAAAACCAUUUGAUCGUGCUUAUAUAGACAAUCCGGGUCCUAUGGUUGUCUUUGCGACUCCGGGGAUGCUUCAUGCCGGACUUUCUCUUCAGAUUUUUAAGAAAUGGGCUCCAAGUGAAAAUAACAUGGUUAUUAUGCCUGGUUAUUGUGUAGCAGGAACUAUCGGUCAUAAAGUGUUGGGCGGAGCAAGAAAAAUUGAAUUUGAAAAUAGACAAGUGGUAGAAGUAAAAAUGUCAGUUCAGUAUAUGUCUUUUAGUGCGCAUGCAGACGCUAAGGGAAUUAUGCAAUUAAUUUCUCAUUGCGAACCGAAAAACGUACUUUUAGUACACGGAGAAAUGACAAAAAUGGAAUUUCUGAAGAAGAAGAUAGCGCAGGAAUUUGGUCUGGAAUGCUAUAUGCCUGCGAAUGGAGAAAGUGUAACUAUUAAUACUCCUGUUAAUAUUCCCGUCGACGUUUCACUUAGCUUGCUUAAAAAGGAGUUGGUUAAGACAGGAUCCGACUCAAAAUAUCCGAAAUUACUUCACGGGGCUUUAAUGAUGUACGAUAAUACUUUAUGGUUAUUAGAACCGGAGAGAGCAAUGGCGGAAGUUGGGAUUACCGGACACCAAAUAAGGUUCACUUCCACGGUCAGAUUAGAAGAUCCAACAGGAAGUCCCGCGGCCAGAACUGCCGAUACGAUUUACCAAAAAAUGAAAAGCAAAUUAAAAGACAGGAACAUUCAAAUGUUGGCUGACGGAUCCAUUUCGAUAGCGUCCGUUUUGAUUAAAGUCGACAACAUCGACGACGAAGUGAAACAUGUCUAUGUAUCUUGGGCGUAUCAAGAUGAAGAACUGGGAAGCUAUCUUCUAUCUAUCGUUCAGGAUAUGCAAUAGAUUUGUGUCCGGAAUGGUUCAUUGUACAAAUCAUCAAAAUUACUAAUUAAUAAAAGAUUUUUUUGUAUAUAAAAUCGAAAGCUUUUUUCCUCUCGAACACACCGUCUCAAUUUGAAGGUCCUCAGAUGCCAAUUGCACAAGAAUUUUUCAUAAUUUAUUUAUAAAUAAAUAUAAACGACCUUUACUGCCUAAGUCUUUUGGCCCUCGUUGCUCGGAAAGAGGAUAACAAACAGCUUUCGGAAGUUUAUUCUCAAAAACUUUUUGGGAUAGAUUAACUUCUGCUUCAUUUGUCUAGAUUGUGGCAUUUUGCUGUAUAUUAAUGCUAUAAUUUAUGCUAAAAUAUUAAUUUUGGCUAUUAGUAUUAUAAAUUAUUAGACAGUGUAUCAUAAUGGCCAAAGCAUUAAAGGUAAUAAGGAACGUUAAUGUGCGAACCGAGGAGGUAGAGCGAGAGCUUCUCCCCACUUACCGGCUUGGCUGUCAGAGAAUGGCUAUAGGAGGGCUAAAGAUAUGAGUGGGGAAGAGUCGGAAGUCGUGACCAAGUGUCCAAAAGACUAC